AUGAAGCCCCAGAUUCACUUGCGGAGUGCCUUGAAGCUGGUGAACAGCCUGUCUAUAUUGGAUUUGAUAGCCUUAACCAGAGAAAUAACUGGACAGAGAGGCGUCAUCAACCGAGGCUGGGGUGGCCUUGGUAAUUUGGCAGAACCAAGUGAUUCUGUGUAUUUAGUGGACAAUUGGCCCCAUGAUUGGCUAUUCCAACGAUGCUCUGCUGUGGUGCAUCAUGGGGGUGUUGGCACAACUGCUGCUGGUCUGAAAGCUGCGUGUCCAACCACAAUUGUACCAUUCUUUGGGGACCAGCCAUUUUGGGGGGAGAUGGUGCAUGCCAGAGGAGUAGGUCCUGCACCCGUUCCAGCUGAUGAAUUCUCGCUUGAAAAGUUGGUCGAUGCCAUACGCUUCAUGUUAGAUCCAAAGAUGUAA